CUUCAGGAGGAGGUUUCUCAUCUGAAACAGCAGCAAGAGGAAGUUUGUAAACUGGCUGGUCAAUAUAACAACGUACUAGACAAACUAGGACCCCUUCGAGAGGAAACUAAGGACCUCAAAGACCAAAAAGAAAUGCUGACUGAUCUUCUGAAACAGCGGCAACUUCUGGAGACUGACUAUGAGGAGAUAAAAGCAGAAACUGACCACGUGGCAGAAGAAAACUUCAACCUUCAUGUUGAAGUUGAUGAUCUGCAGAAGAAGAUUUCAAAUUUGAAACAUAUGAAGGAGAGAGUGAUAAAAGCAAAGGAGACAAAUUUGAAAGCAAAGAAAGAACAGGAGCUUCUCCAGAAGCUAAUUGAAGACCUGCAGGUUCAGAUACAAGCUCCACAACAGGAAGUCGCUGCUCUAGAGACAGAAAUCAAAGAUCUCCAGGAGAAAUAUAAGGAACUGAAAGAGGUUCAAGCUGAAUAUCAGAGAAUCUCUGAAGAAAAGUCCAAACUGGAAGAUAAGAAGAAGCAGCUUCAGGAGGAGGUUUCUCAUCUGAAACAGCAGCAAGAGGACGUUUGUAAACUGGCAGGUCAAUAUAACAACGUACUAGACAAACUAGGACCCCUUCGAGAGGAAACUAAGGACCUCAAAGAUGAAAAAGAAAUGCUGACUGAUCUUCUGAAACAGCGGCAACUUCUGGAGACUGACUAUGAGGAGAUAAAAACAGAAACUGACCAUGUGGCAGAAGAAAACUUCAACCUUCAUGUUGAAGUUGAUGAUCUCCAUAAGAAGAUUUCAAAUUUGAAACAUAUGAAGGAGAGAGUAAUAAAAGCAAAGGAGACAAAUUUGAAAGCAAAGAAAGAACAGGAGCUUCUCCAGAAGCUAAUUGAAGACCUGCAGGUUCAGAUACAAGCUCCACAACAGGAAGUCGCUGCUCUAGAGACAGAAAUCAAAGAUCUCCAGAAGGAAAAUAAGGAACUGAAAGAGGUUCAAGCUGAAUAUCAGAGAAUCUCUGAAGAAAAGUCCAAACUGGAAGAUAAGAAGAAGCAGCUUCAGGAGGAGGUUUCUCAUCUGAAACAGCAGCAAGAGGACGUUUGUAAACUGGCAGGUCAAUAUAACAAGGUACUAGACAAACUAGGACCCCUUCGAGAGGAAACUAAGGACCUCAAAGACGAAAAAGAAAUGCUGACUGAUCUUCUGAAACAGCGGCAACUUCUGGAGACUGACUAUGAGGAGAUAAAAGCAGAAACUGACCACGUGGCAGAAGAAAACUUCAACCUUCAUGUUGAAGUUGAUGAUCUGCAGAAGAAGCUUUCAAAUUUGAAACAUAUGAAGGAGAAAACAGUUAAAGCAAAGGAGGCAAAUUUGAAAGCAAAGAAACAACAGGAGCUUCUCCAGAAGCAAGUUGAAGACCUGCAGGUUCAGAUGCAGGCUCCACAACAGGAAGUCGCUGCUCUAGAGACAGAAAUCAAAGAUCUCCAGGAGAAAAAUAAGGAACUAAAAGAGGUUCAAGCUGAAUAUCAGAGAAUCUCUGAAGAAAAGUCCAGACUGGAAGACAAGAAGAAGCAGCUUCAGGACGAGGUUUCUCAUCUGAAACAGCAGCAAGAGGAAGUUUGUGAACUGGCUGGUCAAUAUAACAACGUACUAGAUAAACUAGGACCCCUUCGAGAGGAAACUAAGGUCCUCAAAGACGAAAAAGAAAUGCUGACUGAUCUUCUGAAACAGCGGCAACUUCUGGAGACCGACUAUAAGGAGAUAAAAGCAGAAACUGACCAUGUGGCAGAAGAAAACUUCANAAACUUCAACCUUCACGUUGAAGUUGACGAUCUGCAGAAGAAGCUGCAUGCCUUGGAUGAUGUAAAGGACAGAGUUUCGAAAGCGAAGGAGGAAAAUUUGAAUGCAAAAACUGAACGCGACCUUCUCCAAAAAGAACUCGAAGACCUGCAGUUUGAGCUGACAGGAAGACGAGACGACUAA